UUCACGUUUUAAUUUGAUUUUCCAGUCGCGAAGCCCUUCUCAAUUACCAUUUGCUUGUACUGUCACGCCUUAUCAAAGAGCAGCCCGCUAAUAUUCCUUCUCUAAUAACAUUCCGACGAAACCUGUUUCAAACAUGUUACAGUUCCGUGCGACUUCAACCUGUCCAGCCUCCCAGAUGACACAUCUUUUAUUAUUCUUACCCCUUUACGGAUGCGAGGCCUGCAGGCAGUAAUGCAAGCUUUCAGUUGUGUUAUUGUACAUUGAAUGAAACCACAGUGUACGCCGCAUACAGGAAGAGUAGUAGGGAGUGCAUGACCAGCUGUAUGUGGCAAAGUUAAGGACUUCCUCGUGGAAAUACUUACCUUCUGUAACACUAUUGUGGCCCUUUCGCUUUUUUGUUGUUGUUACCACUCUGGACUCCAAACUGAGAUAAUUUUACUGAACCCCCCGCCCCCCUUCUUGUGCUUCCCAUCCUAGGGCACACCGAGGAAGGUGAGGGAUUUCUUCUGUGCACAUCAUCUGAAUUCACUGCUGUUGCUGCUUGGAUAUCAAGUAUAGAACAAACUGAAUUUGUAUGUUGUAACUGCGUCCUCACUGCGUCUGAAUCUUUGUCAGUCCAUGGUCCAUGAACCAAUUCUGCUCUUCUCUCUGCUCGAAAUUGAGUAGGCAGCGUGUUCAACGCUGUUUCAACAGCUGAACUUACCUGGUUUUGGUAGGUGGUAGCAUAGACAGAAGUAUGAGUGGCCAACGUGUGGAUGUAAAAGUGGUGAUGUUGGGGAAGGAAUAUGUUGGUAAAACCAGCUUGGUGGAGCGAUAUGUUCAUCGAAGAUUCCUUGUGGGCCCCUACCAAAAUACAAUUGGAGCUGCAUUUGUUGCCAAACCCAUCCAAAUCGGAGACAGAGUGAUUGUGCUUGGUAUUUGGGACACAGCAGGUUCUGAGCGGUAUGAAGCCAUGAGUCGCAUUUACUAUCGUGGAGCAAAAGCAGCCAUUGUGUGUUAUGAUCUGACUGAUAGAAGCAGUUUUGAGCGUGCAAAAUUCUGGAUCAGAGAACUACAAAACCUUGAAGAGCACUGCAAAAUCUAUUUAUGUGGAACAAAAAGUGAUCUGCUGGACCCCGACAAAACCCUGCGGAGGGUGGACUUUCAUGAUGUGCAGGACUAUGCAGAUGAGGUUAAAGCUCAGAUGUUUGAAACAUCAAGCAAGACUGGACGAAAUGUUGAGGAGCUAUUCUAUAAAGUAGCGGAGGAUUACCUGAACUCUGGUUUUCAAGAGAUGACAGAGGAGCGAGGUGUGGAUCUGGCACAGAAAAAAAGCUACAUGCAGUCUUGCUGCCAUCACUAAUGUAAUGGUGCAAGGCCUUUGAACAGCAGUUUCCAACAACGUGUACAUUUUAUGCUGCACUGGAUGACAGACGAAAAGAAACAUUGUAGUUUUUGCACAGAACACUUGAGACUAAGUGAGAGAUGAUUCCUGAAGUACUUCAGUGGAGACAACAAACAGAAUAAUACUGCUGUAUAGCUUCAGAAAAUCUUACAUUGGACAGCUAAUUUUCAAGGUGGAUACGACUUGAUACUUAAACUGGACAAAUGGGUUGACUUACUGCACAAGUAGGCAACUUCAGACUAAACUGUGAAGAUUGAUGUUGCUCCAUUCUGUCUUAUGCCUUUUUGCCAGGAAGGGAGGCAGAAGGGUCAUCAGCCAGACACUACUAACAUUUUGGUUGCUAUGAAAGCUGCACACCUGUUCCGAAAAAAUAUGAAACCUUGCACCUUUAGUGUGAGAGGAUUUUAUGUGCACAUUAUUACAUGUUAGUUAAUGUCUGAUUUCUGGGUAAUUGGUUUUACUGUGUUGUCUUAGUAAAAAAAGGCAAGUAAUUAUUUUAAUGAUUAUAAGUAAUACUGAAGUCUGAGAGAAGCUCCAGUUUCACUCCACCAGUCUACAGUAUUCCUGUGAAAAUAGUGUACUGUUUUGUCUGCUGUAGAAGUAUUUAUUCUAUUGUGUGUGUGUGUGUUAUGUGUAUAUGUGCUUAUUGUAUAGUGCCAUUCCAGAGUUGCUUCUAAAUUAUUUUACUCUGGAAUUUUACCUUUAGUUUUGCACUGAAUUUGCCUUUUGCAGUGCAUGAUGCUUGUAAAUGCACAGACACACACACACUACUGUUAGUGAUUACAUUUUUUUAAGACUACUAAGCUUAAGUGGCAUACAAAGGGAGGAACUGAUGACCGUGACAAUACAGGCUACACUCCAGAGUAGUUUAGAGUACUGAGACAGGAUGGUUUUCUGUUAAAUGCGUGAAAUCUGCAAAAAGGCAUUAUGAUAGAACAGUUCAUUUGCAUUGCAGAGAUUUAAAUGAAAAAAUUGGAGUCUUCUCUAUUUUAUGCUGAACGUAGACUAUAUAUAUGCAUGCAUGAAAGCCCUGCAGCUUUGCUACAGAUAAUCCUCCAAAAGGCAUGCAUUUUUAAUCCUGAUUUAUUUCAGCCUUGUCUACAGUAGUAAGAUAGGAGUUAAGUUAUUGAAUAGCAUUUUACAUGAUCUUUAUCUGAACUGUGUCCAGCUGGCCAUCAGUUUCCCCCCACUAGUCAGUCAUUCCUUUUGUUCUGUUAUGCUGUCUGUUCAGCAGUAUAGCAGGUAAGAAAGCUGACUAGAGGUAGGCAGUAAUCCUAGUGGCUUGGGUUUUUUAUUGCAAAAUCCACCAGUGAUCAGGGACACUCGGCUGCCUACAGCGCCUGGUUUAAAUGUGCAAAUGAUGUGUGCACAAACUGAGUCUCAGCUACAGGCCAUAUGCAGCUUGGUAGGCUUGUGUUCAUUGUUGAUCCCUUUCCUGAUGCUGCACCACCUGAUCUGUAGCAGGUGGCAAUCAAAUGCCAAAAUCUCCCCCUCUUCUAGAUGGAUGAGAUGAAUUUGCCACUGAAUGCCUUUCCAGCCCCAUUAGAUGCUGGCCUUCUGUAUGCAUAUAUGUAUAUAUAUAUAUAUAUAUAUAUAUAUAUAUAUAGAGAGAGAGAGAGAUCGCA